AUGGUGCUCAUCAUCGGUGAGAGACCGAUUUACCGGCAGGUUCUAUUUUUGACCUUUUGGAUAUUUUUAAUUGGUAGUUCCACGGCGUCUACUGGGGACAGGCUUCCGGAUUUCAAGGAGUGCCUGAAAGUAUGCAAGACAGAAAAUUGCGAAAAGGGGAAGUUAUCGCCGCCUCUCUACCUCCGGCUCCUAUUAUGGGAUUGCCCUGCGGAAUGCGAUUACACCUGCCAGCACAUCAUAACAGACCGCCGCGUUAAUCGAGAUCCUCCAAUGCUCGAACCCGUCCUUCAAUUCCACGGCAAAUGGCCAUUCUACCGAAUACUGGGCAUGCAGGAGCCGUUCUCUGUCAUUUUCUCUUUUCUGAAUCUCCUCGCCCAUCACCAGGGGAUGACCCGGAUUCGAGAGUCGAUACCUCGCUCAUAUCCAAUGCGGCCAUUCUACCUUGCCUUUGGGUACUUUGGCCUAGCCAGCUGGAUUUUCAGCAUGGUAUUCCACACCCGCGAUCUCCCCGUGACCGAAAAGCUCGAUUACUUCGCGGCCGGCGCAAGCGUGCUGUAUGGGCUAUAUCUCGCUGUUGUUCGGAUAUUCCGCCUCGACCAGAUGACACCCCCCGUCAAGCCCACGCUGCUCCGGGUGUGGACGAUCAUCUGCGUGGCAUUGUACAGUACCCAUGUUUCGUACCUGAGUUUCUGGUCUUGGGAUUACACGUAUAACAUGGCUGCGAAUGUUACAGUAGGGGUGGUGCAGAAUCUUCUGUGGACAUGGUUUAGCAUCUCGCGGUACCGGAAGUAUAUGAAAUCGUGGACUGCGUGGCCGGGCAUGAUCGUUGCGUGGAUUAUCGUCGCGAUGAGUCUGGAGCUGCUCGACUUCCCGCCUUGGCAUGGCUUGAUAGAUGCGCAUAGCCUGUGGCAUUUGGGGACUGUAGUGCCUACUGCGUGGUGGUACACAUUCCUUGUGAAAGAUGCCCAGGACGAUCUCGCUGGGCAGCGAUUGAAGGCUUAA